AUGUUGAUACUACAUGUACCUUGUGUGGACGGGAGGGGGAAUCUCAGUCUUGUUGUGGGAGAGGAUUUUAUUGGUUGUUGGGCAAAUUUGCUUAGCAAAUCUGAGCAGGUGGAACACUAUAGCGAGAUUUUGCAGGCUUGUGCAUUUGGCUUGUGGAGGAUAUGGAAAACUAGGAAUGGCAUGGUUUUCGAAGGACAGGUUCAAGAAUUUAGAAUAGCUCGGAUGUGUGUGAAGCCGCUUAUUAAUGAGCUACCUCGUUCGCCUGAAGUUCAAGUGGAGCCGGUGACUUCGUGGCAAAAACCGCCAUCUGGGGUGUUCAAGGUUAACUGUGAUGCUACUUGGAUGGCACAGACAGGAAUGGGUAGUGUGGGUUGGGUGGUACGGGAUUCAUAUGGUUGGAUGGUUCUGGUUGGUGGCAAGGGAGAUUUGCGGGGGGGGUUCGGCGUUAGCGAUGGAGGCUGA